CCUAAUAAUGAUUAAUGAGGAAAGAGUGAGUACCAUCCUCCAAAUUUCAACCAGAUUCGUAACGAGACAAAUCUUGUUUCAAGAUUCCAAGACUGUGCCAAUAAAUAACCAACUUUACACAUCAACAGAAACAAAAGAAAUGAAUAUUUCCCUCUGAAACUUUUGCCGAUCUGCUUGGAUGGUCCGAUCACAUGGCGUCUACUCAACAAACACACAAUACUUUGCUUCCUGACCCUGGUGACAAAAUCCAAGGGGAAGAGGCACAUUUUUCUACAGUGCCAAUCCAUGUUGUCACUAAUCCAUCCGAACUACCUGUUGAAUUCUUGGAACCUUCUCCUGAGACACAACUGGUGAUUGGUUUUGAUUGUGAGGGUGUUGAUCUUUGUCGCCAUGGGACUCUUUGUAUUAUGCAGCUUGCCUUUCCUGAUGCAAUAUAUUUGGUUGACGCUGUUCAAGGUGGAGAGACUGUUAUCCAAGCCUGUAAGCCUGCACUUGAGUCUAAUUACAUCACAAAAGUUAUUCAUGAUUGCAAACGAGAUAGUGAGGCAUUGUAUUUUCAGUUUGGCAUAAAGUUGCACAAUGUCGUGGAUACACAGAUUGCAUAUGCUUUGAUCAAUGAACAAGAAGGACAUGCACGGGUCCCAGAUGACUACAUAUCAUUUGUUGGUCUACUUGCUGACCCACGUUAUUGUGGAGUAUCUUAUGAUGAGAAAGAAGAAGUCAGAGUUCUUCUAAGACAGGACCCCAAGUAUUGGACAUAUAGACCAUUGUCUGAACAGAUGAUCCGUGCUGCUGCAGAUGAUGUCCGAUUUCUUCUCCAUAUAUACCAUAAGAUGGUGCAAAAGUUGAAUGAAAAGUCCUUAUGGCACCUAGCUGUCCGUGGCGCCCUCUAUUGUCGCUGUUUCUGCAUCAAUGAAAAUCAUUUUGCAGACUGGCCUCCUUUACCUCCAAUUCCAGAAAAUAUUAUUGCUGACGAAAGUAUCCUUGAGGAAGAAACUUUGUCUGUUGUUGAUGUUCCCCCAGGGAAAAUGGGACGUGUUAUUGGCAGAAGGGGAGCUUCUAUAUUGUCGAUAAAGGAAUCAUGCAAGUAUGUUUCUUUGCUUCAGCUUUUAAUGUGUGCCUUAUUGCCUAUGCGAGGUGCUGAAAUAUUCAUAGGAGGUGCUAAAGGUCCUCCUGAUAAGGUUUUCAUCAUUGGACCAGUAAAGCAAGCCAGAAAAGCCCAGGCCAUUCUAAGGGGGAAACUGCUAGAUUUCUGAUCAGGGAGUUCUUGCAGGACUUACAUUGUAUCUUUAGACCAAGAAAAAGGAAAGGCAAAACAUAUACCGACCCUCGUUGUAUCAUAAAUAAGAAGUUUGGUGUGGCUACAAUGUAAAAUUUGAUUUGCUUGACCAGUGACAUUGUUUCAGCUACUAGACUAAGAAUAAUGAGGGGAUGGGAAGGAUGAAAUAAGAAAUUUCAGCAAUGUCUCUUUUAAUCUUUUGAAGAAA